UAAUUAUUUUUGUUUUUUCACCUACAAUAGAGUAAAUAAAUAUGUAGUUAUGACCUGCUAUGCUGAAAUAUUGGUUUUUGAAUCCACUCAGCUUCUUAAAAAGGAAAUAAAAAUGGGAGAGCCAGAAGGAAAAUGAAUAGUUAAUCGUGGAGGAGGAGAAAACCUAGCUCAGUACUUUGACUAGAGGCAGCUGGGGAAGUGACGUCCUGUAGCAUUUGCUGUUCUAGAAAGUACAGAGACACGUAGUGAAAAUGGGAGGAUCUAGAAGGAGGCUGUCUCCUGUGUAGUGUAUAUUUAUCUGUAAGUGAGCCUUUGAGGGAGGAAUUAAAUACAGAGACGUGGUUUGCUUGCUGCCUUAAGACAGCGAAGCUGAAUUGCUGAUUUGCUUUAACUUUUAAAAUACCCAGCUUGGUUUAUUUUUCUUAGAAUCAUACUGCUAAGACUGGGGACGCUGUUUUCUUUCACAAAGGGAAAUCUAAGUUCAUUUCAAGGCAUUCGAAAUGGGGAAAGACUAUUAUUGCAUUUUGGGAAUUGAAAAAGGAGCUUCAGAUGAAGAUAUUAAAAAGGCUUACCGAAAACAAGCCCUCAAAUUUCAUCCGGACAAGAACAAAUCUCCUCAAGCAGAGGAAAAAUUUAAAGAGGUCGCAGAAGCUUAUGAAGUAUUGAGUGAUCCUAAAAAGAGAGAAAUAUAUGAUCAGUUUGGGGAGGAAGGAUUGAAAGGAGGAGCAGGAGGUACUGAUGGACAAGGAGGUACCUUCCGGUACACUUUUCAUGGCGAUCCUCAUGCCACAUUUGCAGCAUUUUUUGGAGGUUCCAACCCCUUUGAAAUUUUCUUUGGAAGACGGAUGGCUGGUGGUAGAGAUUCUGAUGAAAUGGAAGUAGAUGGAGAUCCUUUUAGUGCCUUUGGAUUCAGCAUGAAUGGAUAUCCGAGAGACAGAAAUUCUGUGGGGCCAUCCCGCAUCAAACAAGAUCCUCCAGUUAUUCACGAACUUAGAGUAUCACUUGAAGAAAUAUAUACUGGUUGUACCAAACGGAUGAAGAUUUCUCGAAAAAGGUUAAAUCCUGAUGGAAGGAGUUAUAGAUCUGAGGACAAAAUUCUCACCAUCGAGAUUAAAAAAGGGUGGAAAGAAGGCACCAAAAUUACUUUUCCAAGGGAAGGAGAUGAAACACCAACUAGUAUCCCAGCAGACAUUGUUUUUAUCAUUAAAGAUAAAGAUCACCCAAAAUUUAAAAGGGAUGGAUCAAAUAUAAUUUACACUGCUAAAAUUAGUUUACGAGAGGCAUUGUGUGGCUGCUCAGUUAAUGUGCCAACAAUGGAUGGAAGAACUAUACCUAUGUCAAUAAAUGAUAUUGUGAAGCCUGGAAUGAGGAGAAGAAUUAUUGGAUAUGGGCUGCCGUUUCCAAAAAAUCCUGACCAGCGUGGCGACCUUCUAAUAGAAUUUGACGUGUCCUUCCCAGAUACUAUAUCCUCAUCAUCCAAAGAAGUACUUAGGAAACAUCUUCCUGCCUCAUAGAAUGAAAAACUUUGUUACCCAUAUUUUGAUAAGGUACUGAAAAUAUAAAAGGACUGGCAGUUUACUGAUGUAGAUGUGAAUUCUGUAUAAAGAUGUGUAAAUUAUUUUGAGGAUUCAUUAAAUUGCAUGAAUAGAGACGGGUCAAAUAAAUAGGCAAAGGGGAUUUUUACAGUUAGAGAUGAAGAAACAACCAUUUACUGUAUUUUAUUUUAUUUCUCCCAAAUCAGAAAUUUUUAGUAUUUUGCUUACAUGUAAAAUUUGUUUUUGUGGAGUUAGAUAUAUUUCUAAUAAAGUACUAGACUAUCCAAGUACUUUAUUUCUUUUAUCUUUACAUUAUCAGUAUGAUAGUUUCUCAUUUAUAAUGGAAAUUUAAGUUCUUAACUAACCUACACAGGUGAUUUGUAUUUCUAGAAAAUAAAAACCCAAGUCAUUUGGAAAUGUGGUUAACUAGAUUUAAAUCUCCAUCUGAAAUGCUGCUAUAGGGCUGGGACCCAUAAAAGAAUAUCCUAAUGCAUAUGUUUUGAUUUUUAAAGUAUGCUAUAGCAUUUCCUACUAACAUGAUUGUAAUGUUCUUAAGGCAGACCUUUUCAUCAUAGAAAGGAAAUUAAUGGCAAUUUAUCUCCUGUGGAAAUCCCAGUUGCCUGAAUUACUGAUAUUUUAGAAAUAGGCUGUUUUUAAAAUGCCAUAUGUAAUUUUAUGCAACUUGACUAUAUAUCUUGGACUUAAUAAGUUAUAGGCACAUUUUAUUGUCCACUAGUUUAAAAUAAUUUGUUUAAUAAUAAAUGUGUUUUUAGAGGGAAUAUUGUUACUUAGAAUUAAUUUUCCAAUUACACAGUCUUCUAUAACUUACUCAUCAUAUGCUAUAUGUAUCUUACGCAAUUUCCCUAAGAAGAAUAAACUACCACUAUGGUGUUAAACCAAAAUAUGGGGAAAAUAAACACUAACUGCUGCUUAUGAAUGAUGUUGCUACUACUUGUUAUGCAUAUAAAUAUUUUACUUUUUCAUAUGUAUAGACUGCAUUUCUUAGGUGUUUUAAUUUUUUAAAUAUAUUUACGUUUAAAAAAUAUUUUGUUUUCUUUUUUUUUUAACCAUAGUAAGAGUGAUGUCUUGAAACAAAAUUUUUGGUUCAAAAGUAGCUUUCAGGAUGAUUGAUACAUGUACAAGGUGAACUGGAUCCUAUCACCCUUUAGCAGAGUACGAGGGUUCUUUUAGUGACUCAGUAAAUAGGUUGUAAUCACCACAUACUUUAUAGCCUUACUGCAUUAUAAUUGACAUGCCAUAAAACUACCUUUUUAAAAGUAUAUAGUUCAGUGGUUAGUAUAUUCACAGAGUUAUGUAACCACCAAGUCUAGAACAUUUUCAUCACCUGAAAAAGAAACUCUAUAUCCAUCAGCACUCACGUCCUAUUCUUCAGUGCCUGAUAAAUACAAAUCUACCUUCUGUCUCUACAGACUUGUCUAUUCUGGGCAUCUAGUACAAAUGGGAUCAAAGAAUAUGUGACUUUUUUUCACUUAGCUUCUUUCACUUAACAUGAUGUUUUCAAGGUACAUCCAUGUUGCAUCAUGUAUCAGUACCUUGUCCUUUUUUAUGGCCAAAUAAUGUUCCAUUCUAUGGAGAUACCACAUUUUGUUUAUUCAUUUAUUAGCUGAUGGGCAUUUAGGUUAUCUCCCUUUUUUUGGCUAUUGUAAAUAAUGCUGCUAUGAA